AUGGUUUCAGACGCGGAAGGCACUGGCGGGGCUGAUCUGCAACGCAAACUGGACUUGCUCAAUGGUGCUCUUGAUGCGGAGCGCGCUGAGCAAGCUCGAAGGCAACUUCAGUACGUUGCACAUUCGGGUUACUCGGAGGAUUCUGACUACACGUCGGACCUCAACUUUCCAGUCGGGCAGCAUCCCAACUGCAGCGCGUCACAGUUCAGAAACGCUGCCCAUCAGAUGCAUACGCCACAGAGAUCUUUGGAAGCAUCCAGAGAAAAUUCAUACGAGCGUGAAGAAUAUCAUUUGCAUGGCGAUACGGACCCAUUGUAUUAUAAUAGUCAGCCUAGAACAAAUAGGAUAGACACGUGGUCACAGCUACACGCACAGGCGAGCGUCGAAUCCGCGAUAUCGUGGCGGACGGCUGCUGACUGGCAAUCAGCAGAGGACCAAAGGAGGCCGAGCUUGGAGAGGCAAAAUACACUGUAUGACGAUGGAAUAGGUUUUGGAUAUGACGCUUUUCCACCGCCUACACUUAUUAGGGACCAUCCACAUCUCUCACACCAGCCAAGUUAUGAAGAGUAUUUUGACGCACCAUGCUAUCCAUACCCAUUUGAACCACCAAUGGGAAUGUGGGAUCAGCGAUUCUUUUACGACGAGUGCGGCCUUAAUCCUAUCGAGUAUGAAAAUUUCAUCAAUAAACGUCGCUCGUCCGUUGUACAGUUACCGCAGAUGCCUCCCAAACAGUUGCCACCAUCAUCUCGAUAUUCAGACUACAAUGAAAUGGCGCCGUACAGACCACGGCCGCGAAGGACUGCUGCAAGUUUACCAGCAACGCCAUCAUCGACACCAAAGCGUGGUCGGGCGCUACCUGUUCCGCCAGGCAGCGAAUCAGGUUGGGGGCGGCGAGGGCGGCGCCUGCCCAGGCCGCCCGCGCAGCGCCAGAAGCCUGUGCCACCCACCUAUACUAAUGUGCCUUACAAGCAAGAAACUGAGAGAAUACCAAAGGUACCUGAUGUUAGUUACGGCUAUGAGACUUUUGGGUACCAAAAAUAUCAAGACACUGCCAUUGAACAAUAUCAAGAUAAUACUUAUAUAACAAGUGAUGAAGAUGGAAUGCAACCAUUCUUUAAUGAAACUCCCCACGCAACACCUUCGGCUACAACAGCACAAAAAUCUACUUGGGGUGAGAAUGAAACGAGUUCACAGUUUUCUUAUACGGUGACAGGAGAAGACAGUAAAUACAUAUCUACUACAGCGCCUUCGAAGUCGUAUUCACAAAUAGAACCACCUGUUACUACAAAACAAGAGGUGUAUGAUACGAGCUUGUCAUACGAAUCACACUACAAUGAACAGCAAUAUCAAAAAUUUGAUGGGCAAAAUCAAUUUCACCAAAAUCAAAGUCAGUAUCCCGAUACUCAGAACCAGUACAAACAGCAUGAAAACAGGUACGAAGAACAAAAAACUGAUUUAGCCUAUCAUGGCCAAUAUAACGAAUAUAAAGAAGAGCACAAAACAAGUUUGCAGUAUGGACAUCAAAGCUAUCAACAAGAGCAAGAUAAUUAUCAGAAACAGGAUCAAUAUCACGAUCAACAGUAUAAUCAACAACAGCAAUCUGAUCAAUAUCAUCAAGAUCUUCAACAACAAUAUAAAAAAGACCAGCAGUUUGAACAGCAGCAACAAUAUGACCGGCAACAGCAACAACAGAUUGAAGCUCAACAUCAGUUUGAAAAACAACAACUACAAAACGAGGAGCAGCUACGCCAACAACAGGAACAGAUUCAACAACAACAACAGCAAAUACAGCAGCAACAACAGCAAAAGCAACCAGCACAGCAGAUACAAGCAUCAGUCAUGACUGGAGCUGCAACGUUAGGUUCGUUUAUGGCUGGUGGAGCUAAAAAGUUAGGUAGCUUCUUCGGUGCAGCCGCUGCAGCUGUAGCUACUCCAGCUGUUACUCAACAACCACCUACCGCUACCACAGUAACUACAGCGCAAAUGAACCAGUUUACAUCUGGUGUAGCUCCUACAAUGGUUGUUACAACAGCAUCAGUUCCAGAUACAACAAUAGUUCCACAAGCAACAGAAACAUCUAUAACAAGUGCAUCGACUACAGCACCAACGCUACCUCGAACUCCAUCUUUGCGAAGGCAAGAGUCUAUACAAAGACCAUCAGUAGGAAGAACUCGAACGUUACCUGAUGCUCCGGAUGAUUUCACGUCAAGUUUUGAUGAAAGUGCCUACGAUGAAGAGUACCAAAAGACUGAAUUAGAUCAAGUAGACCGUGAUAGGACCUCUUUGGAUAGGUAUCGUGAUGAAGAUUUUGCUCACGAUACGAUUCUUGAAGAUGCCCCUGAAGAACGGAAAGUUGAAGAAACGGCUCCUAGUAUAAAAAAGACAACAUCACCCCCUAGGACCGCUUCUAUUACUAGAAAGCCAUCUGUAGAUAGCUAUCACAGUCAAACGCCAUCGGUACUUGAUCGAAAAACUUCACAAAGCUCUUUCAUAUCGCAUCAAGAAGAUAAACUCUCCAUUCACACAUCACAAGAAGAAACCACAUCAGACAAAUCUAAAGUGACAUUCCAAGAUGAAAGAACAACAUAUCACGAGGUACCAGAUGAAAAUACUUUCCACGAAAGGCAGGAGUCGUUCGAUCAAGGCGGCGAAUUCCAAGAUGAUGAACAGUUUCAAGACGAUGAAUACAGAGAUGAGAAAUUUGAGGAGCAAGAACAAUUUCAGGAACAAGAGCAGUAUCGAGAAGAGUUCCCUGAAGAGGAGAGGAAGGAAGAGUUGGAAUUUGAGCCCGAACAGCCCAAGUUAACGCCGAAGCAGAGGUGGCACCGUGCAUACAACAAGAUCGUGAUGCAGCUAAAUGUCGUUUGUGUACCCCGCUGUGAAAUAACGAUUCUAGGCCGUGUUGCGGUUGUGUUAAAUGGAAAAGCUGUUUCUCUAUCAGCCUCCUAG